AUGGUGAUGGAAGUGGUGCAUGAAGAUAUGGGAGAAGGCAACAUGCAAUGUGCAGAUCACCCCUACAAGAACAGCACCCCAGGUGGAAUCUGUGCUUUUUGCCUCCAAGAAAAGCUUGGAAAACUUGUGGCAUCCUCUUUUACUUUAGCCGUUUUCCCUUCUUCUUCCUCUUCUCCUUCUCCCUCUUUUAGAUCUGACUUUGGUGGCGGCGGCAACGCCACCGCUACCGCUACCGCUACCGCUACCGCCGCUGUGUCAUCCCUUCAGGUCCGCCGUCACGUGUCUUCUUCAGCCACAUCUCGUAGUGUCAGUUACAAUAAUGCCCCUAGCAAUGACUGUAGCUAUAAUGGGUAUUAUUCUACGAGGUCAAGAUUGCCCUUUAUUUUGACACACAGGAAAAAGAAAAAGAAGGACAGUGCAGCAAUGGCGGCAAGUUCAGAUCCUGCCCCCAUUGUUUUCAAGAGAAGCAAAUCCACCACUGCUCCUAGAAGAGGUACACAUUUCUUGGAUGAAAACUUUGCUGAAGAUUAUAGCCCCCAUAAAUGGGGGUUUUGGUCAUUUCUUUACUUAUCAAGAAAUUCCAAUUCCACUACCAAGAAAUCUGAAAGGCCCUCUAAAGAUUCAAGCUUUCCAUCAGCAACUGCUAGUUCUGUAAGCACUGCAGGAUCAACGAGGGACAAGAAAACCAGGGAAUUCGUUGUAGUAGAAGAAAAUGAAAGCCCUGAUGAUCAGGCUGCAUUUGAUAGGAAAGUGUCAAGAUCUAGAUCUGUUGGCUGCGGGAGCAGAAGUUUUUCAGGGGAUUUCUUUGAGAGAAUAUCGACUGGAUUUGGUGAUUGUGCACUCCGCAGAGUGGAGUCUCAAAGGGAAGGAAAGUCUAAAAUUUCGUCAGCGAUGCAUAAAAAUGGUGGAAAUAAUAAUGGGCAAGUUUGCAUUAAAGAGAGAGUUAGGUGUGGUGGGAUUUUCAGUGGAUUCACCAUCAGCUCAUCAUCAUCUUCUUCUUCGUAUAGGGCUUCAACCUCGACUGAAGAUAAUUUGAAUGGAAAAUCAAGUUCAACAACACCAGGCAGUGUGAGAAAUCUUUCUCAUGGGAGGAGCAAAAGCUGGGGAUGGGCAUUUGCAAGUCCAAUGAGAGCAUUCAGCAAACCUUCUUCUGGAAAGAGGGAUUCUUCUGCAAACAAGAAUGCCAUUCCGAAUUUGGCUGCAAUUCCUUCCUUGCUGGCUGUGAGAAGCUAA